AUGGACAACAGAGACAAAGACAGGACCAACAAGUUCGUCACCGAUUUCCUCGCCCAGUCCAGCAACCUCACCGGCGGCGCAAGAUGGUUCACGUACUUUGACACCCACCCCACAGAUCUAGAAACCGGAAACAGCGGCCUAUGGGACUUUAAGGAUGUAAGCCAUCGCUUGGAAAAGUUCAUAAGGGACGAGUACGGAACUCGUGGCACCGAGCUACGGAUAGCUGGUGGUUGGAUCUACGCUUCAAGGCGCAACCAGGACGUACCAUUCCGCUACAGGAUUGCUUCUCGAGAAUACCACUCCCUGUCCCCCAUCUUCAUCACCGGCGAGGGGAAGCCCAACGCCGAGAACCAGACUAUUAUCUCGAGAGGGGGGGCCUACGAUCUCCCGAGAGAGGACUAUCAUUCAGAGAGGGAGUCUAUACCAGAGAGACCCAAAAAGUACGACUUUGCUGUUUGGGGCAGGUUGGUCCGACGAGCUGGGGAAAACGAGAUACUAAACAACCGGGAGACGGACCGAACUGGGGAAGACAAGCGAGUAAAACGCGAGAGUGAUGAUGAUGAUGAUGAUGAUGAUGAUGAUUCUGCUCUCAACUUGUGGAAAUGGGAAGCGUUCAAGUCCUGA